AGUUCUGAAGCCUCCUCUGAGAAAAUGGAGGUACUUCAGAAGACUAGUGCAAGGCAGACUUCAGAACCUAAUUUUGCGGAAAUGAACCAACCUGUUCAAGGGGACAGCUCCAGCACCCCUGCUAUCCUUCCUUUGAAGCGAAGAAGGGGUCGCCCUCGUAAGGAUCCUAGCUUAAAGCGUGUUGUUCGUGCUCAAGUUCCUCCACCUUUUGAACUAGUGCAAGAGAUCCAACCACAACAAGUAAAUAGAAAUGAUGUAAAUAAUGGGAUGAUAGGUCAGGCUGUUACAGGUGUUGUUGAGGCUGCAUUUGAUGCUGGUUAUUUGGUCAAUGUUAGAAUUGGUGACUCCAAUACGAACUACAGGGGUGUUGUUUUUAAGUCAGGACAUUAUGUUCCUGUCACAGCAGCAAAUGAUGUAGCCCCACAUCUUCAGAUGAUUAGAAGAACUGAGGUCCAUCCUGCUCAAAACCAGCUUCAGGUGUAUGGCCAUAGGGCUGAGCGGAAUGGAUCACUUAAUCCUGGAUCUAGGUCCUCAAAAAGCAAACAGGUAGUAAUGCAUCCUUCAGUCCCUCCAGUGGGUGCCAGAGGCACAGUAGUUCCUGUUGUGCUACAACCUGUCAAUUUAACAAAUGGACUAGCAUCUAGUCAAAAUCCUGCGUCCCAAGCUUCUAACAGGGAGUCUUCAAGGGAGAGAGAGGUUCAGAUGGUUAAGCCAUUAGCUAUGCUUCCACCUGAUGGACCAGUAACCCCUGGACAGUUACCACCGGAACCAACUCGUGAAACACUUCCUUCACAAACUCAAGUCAGCAACAAAGUAGCAAUAGGUCCUGGGAAGAAAGAAGAUUGCUCUCUUAGCAAGGAAGCAGAAGUAGUGCAAGGUGAAGAGGUGAAGCCAGUUGUAUCAACCAACGUAACAAUGCCUGUUGCAGUGGACAAGGUGUCUCAAGGAUCUGGGCUGUCACCAAAAAAAGAUACUGGAACUGACGAGGUCUCUCACCAGCUGUCAGCAGAACAUUUACCUGUGAUACCAAAACAAGAUACGUUGAAUCAGGUUCCCUCAGCAGAACUAAAACCCCCUCUUCAUACCCAGGCUACAUCUGUUUCUAAGCCGUUGAUGAAUUAUGGUACUGGCAGGAUGACCGAACUUCUACAGGCUGUGCAGGAAAAUCUGAAGGAGAACCAGCUGCUUCGUGCUGGAGAAUCAGGACUUGGUGUGAUGAAGACUCCAACAACUGAUGGCAGUAAAGAGGAGACUAGUGUUCAGUAGCAUAGCAGGAACAUCCGCAUAUUCUCAUCUCUGAAACUCACAUACCAUAGACCUGGCAGAUUGUAUAGUCAUACUAAUGCCCUGAAAUUGCUCCUCGUUGGCGUUAGCCAAAUGUCGAAAAGCUUAUCUUUAUAUGUUUAUCAGUUCAGACUAGAAUCUUGCAUAGUCUUAAACGCUUGUGGAUGCUGUUUAUAAUGGUGGAUUAUAAUUUCCGUA